GUGGCUAAGGUUCAUCUACUUCUACUAGUAUACUUAAGAGUUGACAGGUCAACAACGUACACCUACUGACAUACACAAAACUUUUGAAAAGGAGACCACCGUCUGCCAAUGAUUUUUGGCCGUUUUUGCUGUCUUUUUGGAACCACCAGUGACCAGAAGAAACAUUUACCGCGGCUGUAACGCAAAGUUUUGCUGGAGUUGGGAGCAGAAGAAGACGGGAACUGCGGGCAACGUCACGAUCACGUACGGGCACGUCGGCAUUUACAGCUUGUGAUGUUCUUGGACUUUGGACCUUCGCCAAGGGGUAUCCAGGUACCUGUACAGCAGCUGCCCCAGUGCACCUUGCUGAAGCCCUGACAGACAGGGAGGAAACCCUGCCUUGCAUCCUGAAGAUAUGCAUCUGAGGAUGAAGCUGCCAAGCCUGGACAAGAAUGCUGUGGCUUAUGCUUCAGUGGCAUUUGCCAAUGCUAUGAUGAACCCUCUCUUCAACUUCUACUACGUGAAACUGUUCCUUAACGGCUACAAGAUCUCUGAAGUUUGGUUCAACCAGGCCCAGGUGAUAUACAUGAUAUGGAAUGCCAUCAAUGACCCCCUUUUUGGCUACUUCCAGGAUACCUCAAAUUUGUCAUGCUUUCGACGGCGACAAACGUCUAUCCUGUACGGAGCACCUCUCUUUGCACUCAGCUUCCUCAUCCCUUGGUUUCCAUGGGGACAGUACGAGCCUGAUGAUUGGCUGAUUGGUCUGCACCUGAUCGUGGCACUGAACCUGUAUGACACCCUCUUCACCUUCGUGCUGCUCCAACACUGCGCCCUGUUCACGGAGGUCUCCAGGAGGCAUGAGGACAGGGUGCAGCUGAUGAGGUACUGUCUGGUGGCAGGGCUGCUGGGGACUGGGCCGACCAUCGGCAUCGCUUCAGCCAUCUCCAACAACAUGGAGAACCUGCACAACUUCCGCAUCUUCACACUCCUGGUGGCGGCCCUGGCCUGGGCCAGCAUGCACUACGCUGCACUACACAUCCGCACAGAGCUCGACGACGCACGAGACCACGCCUUUCUGGAGGCUGAGAGUCAACCUAAGGAUGAUGGCAAUUCUAGUUCUUUCUGGAAAUUGAUGUGGCAAAUAGUUAUACAAAAGAACUUUGUUCUGUUUAUCACUGCUCUGCUUCUGAGUCCAGUUGUUGAGCGGGUGGGGUCAUAUCGGGUCAUCCUGGCCUCCUUCUACCUGGAGUUGGUGUGUGCAGUGGGUAUGUUCCUGGCAGGGCCACAACCAUGGCUGGUCGUUCUGUAUCUGCUGAUGGACAUGAGCAUCCCAGGAGCAAUUUUCAACCUGGUCGACAUCUCUGUUUCUGACAUCAUCGAUGCUGACUGUAAAAAAUAUGCCAGAAAGACUCCAUUGUCAUCCAUGUUCUUCGGAAUGAAUGCGUUGUUCACCAAGCCGGCACAGUCGCUGGCACCAAUGCUGGUGGUAAGCAUCCUGAAUAGGUAUGGGUAUGAGGACCUGGUGCGGAGCACCUCUGAACUGGGCACAAGCACUGCUGGGCAUGACGAGCUCAGGCAGGUCAUGUUCCAUAUCUUCUGCCUUCUCCCUGCAACCAUUGCCUUCCUACAGAUCCUUGUCUGGAAACCCUACAGCCUGAAGGACAGCCAUGUCUCCACAGCCAAGUACAUCGACACUUAAGGAGUCAAGGAACAACCACAUGAAGUAGUUUCCUCGAACCUUUCAGUGAAUAAUUGAUAAAUGAUGUAAGAUUGUACUUUUUUUAUGUGAAGGGCAUUUGUUUAAAUUCUGACAAUCUGUAUGUUUAAGAAUACAAGAUCUAUAAUAUUUUUCUGUGAGCAAGUUUGAAUAUCAGCAGGUGUGUUGCAAUAAGUUUCAUUAUGCUCAUAUCUUGCAUUUCUUGAAUAAGUUUGCAAUUAAGUUUUACUUAGCUUUACUUUAGUGAUGACAUCACAGAGUUGUGCUGAUAAAAAUUAUUUAUUUCCUGCCCUGUCGUGGUACCUUCCGACAGUAGUGGAGCAGACAUGAUUUUCGACAUCAUUCUCCUGUAGUCACAGCUGGAAAUCUUCACAGUUGGUGUUUAAGUAAAGAUAACUUAUCUGG